AUGGCUUUAGCAAUGAUGAAGUUUGCCUGGGAUAACUACAAGCAGUACGCCCUGGGGAAGAACGAGCUGCGCCCGCUGACGAAGAACGGCCACAUCGGGAACAUGUUCGGGCUGACUGGGCAUGCUGAGGUGGUGAGGGUGGUCUUUGACCCCCAGAAAAUCAGCUAUGAGGAGCUUCUCAAAGUCUUCUGGGAGAACCAUGACCCCACUCAAGGGAUGAGGCAGCAGGAGGACGUAGGAACUCAGUAUCGCUCUGUCAUCUACACACUGGGCCCUGAGCAGCAGGGAGCUGCCCUCCGAAGCAGGGACAUGUACCAGCAGGAACUGGGAGCAGAGAGGCGUGGGGACAUCACGACUACCAUUGAACCAGCCGGGGACUUCUACUAUGCUGAGGACUACCACCAGCAGUACCUGUACAAGCAGCCUGGGGCUGUCCCCAUGUCCUCUAGCCUGUCCUGCCACCCCACAGUACCAAUUGCUCCCUCUGAUUAA